AGAGGGCGGGGCUAGGCGCGCGGCGGCCGCCUCCGCUACAGCCGCCUCCGCGGCGGCCGGAAACAAUAGUGGAGGAACCCGAGCCGUGCGGAACGGCAGUGGUGGCCCGCGGAGCCGGACGGGGAACUAUGAACGAAGAGGAGCAGUUUGUAAACAUUGAUUUGAAUGAUGACAACAUUUGCAGUGUUUGUAAACUGGGAACAGACAAAGAAACACUCUCCUUCUGCCACAUUUGUUUUGAGCUAAAUAUUGAGGGAGUACCAAAGUCUAAUCUCUUGCACACUAAAUCCUUGAGGGGCCAUAAAGACUGCUUUGAAAAAUACCAUUUAAUUGCAAACCAGGGUUGUCCUCGAUCUAAGCUUUCAAAAAGUACUUAUGAAGAAGUCAAAACCAUUUUGAGUAAGAAGAUAAACUGGAUUGUACAAUAUGCACAAAAUAAGGAUCUGGAUUCAGAUUCUGAAUGUUCUAAAAACUCCCAGCAUCAUCUGUUUGAUUUCAGACAUAAGCCAGAAGAAAAAUUACUUCCACAGUUUGACUCCCAAGUACCAAAAUAUUCUGCAAAAUGGGUAGAUGGAAGUGCAGGUGGUGUCUCUAACUGUACACAAAGAAUUCUGGAGCAGAGGGAAAAUACAGACUUUGGACUUGCUAUGUUACAAGAUUCAGGUGCCACUUUAUGUCAUAACAGUGUAUUGUGGCCUCAUAGUCGCAACCAGGCACAGAACAAAGAAGAGACAAACUCUAGUCCAGAGGCUAAUGUCCAGACCCAGCAUCCACAUUACAGCAGAGAGGAAUUGGAUUCGAUGACUCUUGGUGAGGUAGAGCAACUGAAUGCAAAGCUCCUACAGCAAAUCCAGGAAGUUUUUGAAGAGUUAACACACCAAGUACAAGAAAAAGAUUCUUUGGCCUCACAGCUCCAUGUCCGCCACGUUGCUAUUGAACAGCUUCUGAAGAACUAUUCUAAGUUACCAUGUCUGCAAGUAGGGCGAACAGGAAUGAAGUCACACCUACCCAUAAACAACUGACCUAAACAGACCUGCUUCAUAUGCCCUACCCUUUAUUGGUCUCCCAGACAUGCAAACUUUGAAGAAGUUUGAAGGAAGCUGUGGUCCAUUUUUUUAUGGUCAUUAAAUUUGCCAAACAUGAGGCAGUAUUUAACAUCUUUGUCAAAUAAAGCAGAUCAUUAUACUCUAGUCUUCUAGGGCUAAUCAUUUUGGCUCAUUUGGGGACUCUUUUUCCUGUAAUUACUAAACAAAUUUUAUUACAUGUGACUACUUAAAUAUACUGUUAGUGUCAUUUUAUUAUAUGUAAUUCACCUGUCAAAACAACAGAUUAACAAAUUCCUUAGUCUAAACUAAAGAUAAUUUUUAAGAGGGAAAUGGAAUUCAUAUCACCUCUUUAUUAUGAGCAAUAUUUUAAUAUAAAAAUUUUAUAUGUAAAAAUGCUAUUUUAGGUACUUUGCCAUUCUCUUUAUAAAUGUGUAUUUGAGCGGCUCUGUAUAUUUAUUUACACUAUCGUGUGAAUAUGUUCACCCAUAAUUCAGGUCACUGCAUUUUAUUCUCUUAAUACAAUGUUUUUACAACUGUACCUUGCUUUCCAAAGAUAAAUGUAUUUUGGAUUAGAAAUCAAUUUAGUUGAGUUGUUUUAACUUCUAAAGCUCUUAUAAAAAAGGUAUUAAUAACUUUUUAAAGCAAGUACUGAAGUAAAUAAAAUACAUUAUUUUGUUUUGUAACAAAAGCAGUUCUGAGUUAGUUCAGGAAGAAAAGACUAAUCUGGCUUUUUUGUCAACUUGUCUCCAUAGAAAAGAAAGCCUCCUCUACUUCUUUCAUUAUUAGCUUCACACCAAUGACUGUGAUGCAUUAGAAUUUGGACAGAGUAAGUCAAGCCUUACUUCCAAUUCAAAUACAAUGUCUAUCUUCAAAUUGAAUAUGCUGUGAAAUUGUUCUGUCUUUGAAAAGUAAGGCUAUUUUGUGUACCAUUUUGGGUAAAGUUUCAAGAAUACUUAAACUGUCUAAAUUGUAUUAUCACCAUCAUUGAAAUUAGUGCUCAAAGAAAGCAUUGUGAGGUAUUUUCCUAAAGUUUAGAAUCUAAAGAGAAGUAGAAGAAUUGCUUGACAGAAGAAAAGCAAAACUCCUAAUUAAAAAAAAAAAAAACUUUAGCCUAUGUAUUAAGAGAAUGUUCUCGUAAGUUACCUAUGAUGUUUCCAAAGAGUUUUUAUCUAGCAGAUUGUCUCAAACAGCUAGAUAAGUUUUAGUAAUGUAUUAGAGUACAAACGUUACGAUGCAGAAUUAAAAUGGGUUCUAAAUUCUGUUUUUAACUUGUGUUUAGAAUGCAUUUAUGAGGUAGAUCCUUUGCUUGAAAGUAUCUACAGAAAAGCCCAGUAACUUGGCAGCUUCUUGCAUAAAGCUAUAAAUGACAUUUGCCUUAAAUUUGGCAGCCUACCGUGGCUUGGGUUAGAUUUUAUUCUUGAACACAAAAAAUACUUAGCUAAGCAAAGGAACACUUCAGUCUAGUUGAAAACAACUUUUUGUGAUGCUAAAGUGUUAAAUUGGCUUGAGGGUAUUAAUUGAUAUUCAUUGAUUUUGUUUUAUUUUUCUUUUUAAGUAUAACAUACUUUUUGGAGGGAAUUUUUAGAAAGAUGCUUUCAGUUUCUCAUUCUUUGAAUCAUGAAAAAUAAAUUUAAAAUCCAGGGAGUAUGGAUAUACAUUGCCUUAGUUUUGAUGAGCUUUAAAUUAAAUGUGUGCAAUAUCAAAAUAUUUGAACUUACAAGUUGGGUAAAUACAUUUCCUGAUUAUGCCAGUAUCUUAGUGCUUAAUUGUUCCCACAUUUUCAAAUUUGACUUACUCUUUUUUGGCAUAAUUCAGUAAGAAUUAUAAGAAAAUGUAAUUACCAGCCAGCCAGUGUGUUUGCACACAUUUGGGUUUGUGUUUAGAUGAGUUAGGGACAGUCAUAAAAGUUGGGGAUAUGUUGCCUUUGAUAUCAGUAGUAGCAUAUUUCCAGAAUAUGAGCCAUAAGUUGCAGUCUUGAAUACAACAGUGUUAUCCAAAGAAAGGAGUUUUCUGACAAAUAUAUAGCUUUACUAAUGAGUAUGGAACAAUUGGGUGAGAGCGUGCAUGUACUGAGGUCUUAAGUGAGGACUCUGAUUUAUUCCAUUUAGAUAUUUCUACUUAAGCUCUUCAAAGGAGAGGUGCUCUUAAAAUUUUGCGGUGCUGGUACUCACACUACUUUAUUUGGAUGAGUUUUUAGUAAAAACAUUUUUGUUGAAGUAUUUUGCACAGCAGUUUAUCCAAAUAUUUGAUAAACUUAUAAUUUAGUCCUGUGUUUUCUUAAUCAAAUAUGCAAUUAUUAUGUAAGCAAAUGUAAGUAUCAGGUACAGAGUUGAGUUCCAUCAGAACAUGAAACAUCACAAAUAUUGGUUUCUGUACUUGGCUGUUCUCUACAGUUGUUAGUAAUUUUUGAGGACGUUUUGAACCAAAUCUCAUGUACUACUGUUUAAAAAGUGGCAAAACAGACUGCCAGUUGUCCAUUAUUAAAAUUUCAGAGCUUAUAUGACUAAGGGGAUUGAGAUAAGACUAAUCUUUUUCAAGUUCAAUUUUAUAAUUAGACCAGUCAAAUUGAUUUUAAAAAAUCAGAAAAGUGUUUUUGAUCAUCAGACAGGGUUGUUCUCUUUAAAGUUUUAAAUCUGUUCAACCUUACAAUUAAGCUAAAAAUCAAUUAUGUUUACUUUGGAAUUAUCAUCUUAUCCUUUGAUCCUCAUAUUAAUAUCUAAAUUAGUCUUUUUUGAAAGGCAUGCACUUGAGACUCCAGUAAUAUAUGAUUCAGGCAGCAGAAUAGUGUUCUUUUCUGUUACGCUGUUUCCUAUGCACAAUGUUGAAACAAGGACACACUCUUUGUUUUUCAAAAUACAUGUUCAUUUUACCACAAAGUGCCCAUUUUUAUAUACAUUUAAGGAUUAUUUUUUCAAUAUCAAGUUCAUGUUGGAAAGCAACUUCAGAAAUAUAGUCAAAGUAUAUAGUCAAAUAUAUCUUGACAGGCAUCUUGAGAUUUUUUUGGUUUUUUUAUUUUACUAUAUUCUUUACAACUGAAAAUGAUUUUGUGUUUUCUUUAUGUUGUUUAUAUGUUUUUUACCUUUAGUGUUUGCACUGAUAAGGCUUGUUGGUCCAUUUUUGUUCAUUUUCUUAAAGUAAGCUUUUAGAUAUAUUUGUUUUAAUGUUUCCAUUUGGGUUUUGUUUUGGAAGAAUCUGCUUUCAUUAUUAAAUUAUAAAAUGUAAAAUAUAAAUGCUCUAAACUUAAGUAGGAAUUUUUUAAAGAGUAAAUUAUUUGUGUAGCUUAUUAGGAGGUUCAGGUUAGUGACCAAAAGGUGGGUUACAUGUACAUGAAAAUUUUAAAAGGUACCAUGUAAAAUUCUUGUAUUGUCACUUUUUCUGACUUAUGCCAGUUCAUUUACUGACAAAUGUUGUUACUAAGUACUUAUUAAGAAGUUUAAUACUCUGCAAAAACAUUUUAUUACUUUUUGUUCAGGUGUAAAGCAAAGAUAAUUAUGUUGUUUCAGUGUAUGAUUGUAUUUUUAACAUUAGAUGGUAAGGGUAAUUAUUUGAGGAAAUAUGUGGGGAAAAUUAGUAAGAGAUAAAACCCUCAACACUGUUUAUUCUUACCAGGUAAAAUUUUGUGGUCAUGGGGUAGGGUAGAGUUUAGUAACCAGAAUAAUAGAGCCCUCACACAAAAUAAAAAUAACUUGGAGGAGGGCUAUAAUGCUUGCAUCUCAGUAUUUUUAUUUCAUCUCAUCCUUUCAUAAUUGACCUUGUUAUGAUGCAGUCUAGCCUAUUAAGUAACCUCCGGCUAUGGUAACAUUGAUAUGAACCAUGUUAUAGCAAGUCUCCAAAAUAUCUAGUUUGUAACAUACACUCUCCCUGUUCUUUUUAGUUUGAGUCCACAUUACUAAUACAUUUUAAUAAUAUUUAAUUAUUUCACAAUUUUAGGUUUACCAAAGUAAACAAAAAAUCAUGAAGAUAAGUAUUGCCCUCCCCAAAAAGGUUUAAAGAUUAAUUGACCUUCCCUCAACUACACCUAAAGCAAAGGGGAAUUUUAGUAAGUGUGUGUACCUUGUUUCUUUCAAACACAUCUAGAAUGUUUUUCUUUCACCCUACUACCUCUAAAAGAGGCAGUUUAGAAAGUAUUCAGUAGUGACUUGUUAAAUGCCAUUUCGUGUGUGUGUGUGUGUGAAUCUUGCUUUAAAACAGCAUAUACUAUAGUCAUUGAACUUAAUCUCUCUGGUGUUAGAAAUUUACAAAAUUGUAUUAAUACAUUAGAAAAAAAAUGAAACUGCUGUGGUAAAAACCAAGUUUGUUUCAAAAAAAGUAGACAAUUAUUUGGCUGUUAUAUUUUCUUUGAAAACUGCAAUAAUUUAUAUAUUUGUAUUGCUCUGCUUUGGAACUGUAACUAUAUAUGCUUGUCUACUAUUUUUAAUUUUACAACAAUAAAAUAAGUAUUUUGUUAUCUGCUA